AUGCAGCGGCCGGAGGCCUGGCCACGUCCGCACCCGGGGGAGGGGGCCGCGGCCGCCCCGGCCGGGGGCCCGGCGCCGCCCGCCCGAGGCCGGGAGCCCGCGGGGCUGCGGUUGCAGGAACCUUCCCUCUACACCAUCAAGGCUGUCUUCAUCCUAGAUAAUGACGGACACCGCCUGCUGGCCAAGUAUUACGACGACACAUUCCCCUCCAUGAAGGAGCAGAUGGCCUUCGAGAAAAAUGUCUUCAACAAGACCAGCCGGACUGAUAGUGAGAUUGCAUUUUUCGGGGGCAUGACCAUCGUCUACAAGAGCAGCAUUGACCUCUUCCUGUAUGUGGUGGGCUCAUCCUACGAGAACGAGCUGAUGCUCAUGUCUGUUCUUACCUGCCUGUUUGAGUCCCUGAACCAUGUGUUAAGUCCCCACAAGACUAAGGCUGGAGCCAGAGCAUCCUUCUGCAAGGACCCUGCCCUUUACCUGAUCAAGCAAUGGAAGAACGUGGAGAAGCGCUGGUUGCUGGAGAACAUGGACGGAGCCUUUCUGGUGCUGGACGAGAUUGUGGAUGGCGGUGUGAUUCUGGAGAGUGACCCCCAGCAAGUGAUCCAGAAAGUGAAUUUUAGGGCGGAUGACAGCGGCUUAACUGAGCACAGUGUGGCCCAGGUUCUUCAGUCUGCCAAGGAACAAAUUAAAUGGUCGUUACUGAAAUGAAGGCUGUGCAUUCAAGGCUCCCUGCCCCCAGACCAUUCCCCCAACCCUGGCAAAAGCACAAAGACCCCAGGGGACACCAGAGACCCCUCUCUAUCCCCAGGCCUUCCCAGAACUGACUCCCGAGGUCUCCGGCCAGGGACUCUGAGAUGCAGAGGUUUGGUUUCAACACUGAGUCACCCCUUCUCACUGUCCUGGCCUGCUCUUUGGGCCUUCAGAACCAGCUGAACUGCCUUAACUCAGACCUUAGGCAUCCCUGGCCCCAGAGCCCAAAUAAACCUGCUUUUGUCUCCUGCCAA